AUGGAAAAGUGGAGAAUUUAUUCGUUUCAGAAGGAGUUCGAACGCAGGUGUGGGCUAAAUAGCAGUCUUGGUCCUAUUGAAACUACCGGUGAAGAUCCGAAUAGAAAAGAUACGGUUAAAAACAUUCAGAGUUGGGAGGAUUGUGACAAUUCUAGUUGCAGUAAUGUUGAUCAUUUAUUCGGCGUUAAAGACAAUGAGAAUUUCAUCUCCGAUGACACUUUUGUAGUUUUUGAUAUUGAAAAUCAGAUUUUUGAGAUUGACAACGAUCAUUCUUUUUUGAAUGAACCUUUUUCUAGUUAUAGUGAUCGGAAUUCUAGCUAUCUGACUAAUGUAUUUACGAGUGAAGAUCCCUACUAUAAUCGUUAUAUGUAUGAUGCUCAAUAUAGUUGGAAUAAUCAUAUUAAUGGUUGCAUUGACAGUUAUCUUCAGUCGCAAAUCUGUAUAGAUACUACCACUGUAAGUGGUAGUGAUAAUGACAGUUACGACAUUCAUGGGUCCGUAUGUGAUGGUGAAAGCCACAAUAGUAGCGAAGGCGAGAGUUCCAGUAGACGAACUCAUACGAAGGGUGUUGAUUUAACUAUAAGAGAAAGUUCUAAUGAGAAUGAAAGAGAAAGUUCUAAUGAGAAUGAAAGAGAAAGUUCUAAUGAGAAUGAAAGAGAAAGUUCUAAUGAUCUCGAUCGAACUAAAAAAUAUAGGGAUUUGUGGCUUCAAUGCGAAAAUUGUUAUGGAUUAAAUUAUAAGAAAUUUUUGAAAUCAAAAAUGAAUAUUUGUGAACAAUGUGGAUAUCAUUUGAAAAUGAGUAGUUCAGAUAGAAUUGAACUUUUGAUCGAUCCGGGUACGUGGGAUCCUAUGGAUGAAUACAUGGUUUCUCGGGAUCCCAUUGAAUUUGAUUCGGAGGGGGAGCAGGAGCGGGAGCAGGAGCGGGAGCGGGAGCAGGAGCAGGAGGAGGAGGAGACUUAUAAAGAUCGUAUUGAUUUUUAUCAAACAAAAACAGGAUUAACUGAAGCUGUUCAAACAGGCAUAGGCCAACUAAACGGUAUUCCCGUAGCAAUUGGGGUUAUGGAUUUUCAUUUUUUGGGGGGUAGUAUGGGAUCCGUAGUCGGGGAGAAAAUCACCCGUUUGAUUGAGCACGCUACCAACAACUUUUUACCCCUUAUUAUAGUGUGUGCUUCAGGGGGUGCGCGCAUGCAAGAAGGAAGUUUGAGCUUGAUGCAAAUGGCUAAAAUAUCGUCUGCUUUAUAUGAGUAUCAAUUAAAUAAAAGGUUAUUUUAUGUAUCAAUCCUUACAUCUCCUACAACUGGUGGAGUAACAGCCAGUUUUGGUAUGUUAGGGGAUGUUAUCAUUGUCGAACCCAAUGCUUACGUUGCAUUUGCGGGUAAAAGAGUCAUUGAACAAACAUUGAAUCAAACAGUACCUGAAGGUUCACAAGAGGCUGAAUAUUUAUUCGAGAAGGGUUUAUUUGACUUAAUUGUACCACGUCAUCUUUUAAAAAGCGUUCUGAGUGAGUUAUUUGAGUUCCACGCCCUUUUUCCUUUGAAUCAAAAUUCAAAUCAAGUAGAGCGUUAA